AUGGAGCCGCCGCUCUCCUCGCCCGGCGGGCUGGCGCUGCCCGUGUGGAAGCGGGAGAUCCUGGAGCGGAAGCGGGCCAAGCUGGCGGGGCCGCCCGCGGGCGGGGAGCCGGAGCCGGGCGGCGGGGGCGCGGCAGGCCCGGCGCCCCAGGAGGAGCGGCUGGUGCUGGCCGACAGCCUGGGCCCGCUGCGCGAGAACCCCUUCAUGCGGCUGGAGAGCGAGCGGCGGCGGCUGCGGCAGGGGCUGCCCGGGGGCGGGCGGCGGGGCGCGGGGCGGCCCCUGCAGGAGCUGCUGGAGCUGUACAGCGCCGUGCCCGGCAUCCGCACCAUCCGCGCCGACAACAUCCUCAUCAUCGAGUCCCAGCCCGACGCCGCCGCCUGCUUCGCGGCCGGGGAGGGCGCCCGGGACACGCCGCCUACCGCCUCGCCGCGGGGCCGCGACCCGCUCCGGGACCUGCUGGCCCGCAAGGGCUCGGCGCUCACCGAGAUCCGCGCCGCCCAGGUCUUCGUCUACGAGCCGGUCGAGCCCGGCCAGGCCGGCAGGGUCAGCCGCCUGCUGCAGAAGUUUGACCAGUGGCCGCGGGGCCGGCGGCGUCGGAGCAGGGACGCGGAGCCCGCGGUGCCAAACUCCCCUGGCAGCCCCCCGGCCCGGCUGGUCCCGGACUCCCCAGCCAGCGCCGCCGCCUCCCGGCCGAUCCCGGGCUCCCCGGUCAGCGCCGCUGCCCCACGGCCGGUCCCAGUCCCUCCGGCCAGCCCUCUAAACCGGCGGGAGCCGGGCUCCCCAGUCAGCACCGCUGCCCCCCGGCCGGUCCCAGUUCCUCCGGCCAGCCCUCCAAACCGGCGGGGCCCGGGCUCCCCACUCAGCACCGCUGCCCCCCGGCCGGUCCCAGUCCCUCCGGCCAGCCCUCCAAACCGGCAGGCCCUGGGCUCCCCACUCAGCACUGCUGUCCCCCAGCCCGUCCUGGGCUCCCCGGGCACCUCCCAGGCCUACGGCUUUCUGCACAAGAUCGGCUCCAACUCCUUCACUGUCACUCCCCGGGGUCUCCGGCCAGGCAGCUGUGCCCCUCUCACCAAUGGCCCCUUGGAGCACAGUGCCAGCCCAGGGGGCAGGAGCCCGCACGCUAAGGUGCCUCCGGUGCCAUCGCCAAGCGUUUCCCUUGCCAGAGACAACACGAGGCCAAAGCCGGAGAGGAGCGAAGAGAUCCAGCCACCCCAGUCCAGUGCCACCCCCAGCCCUCUCCAGCCGCUCUCUGCAUCUGUCCUCAGGGACGGGGGCUCCUUUGAGAUCCACCCAGCCCCCAAGCCAGACCUGGCCGCCAUCCCUGCCCAUGAUCUGCAAGCGCAGGCCCUGGCCAAUCUGCGCCUGAACUCACGGAACUCCUUCCUCUUUGUGCCCCGCCGCGGCGGGGGGCAGUGUCUGACAGAGCCUGCAGGGGCCCUGUCACCCUUGAAGCCUGAGUGUGAGCAACAGGGGGAGCCCAUAACCCCCCCACAGGCCCCUCCAGAGCUCUCUGUGCCUGUGACUUACAUUGAUGAUGAUAUUGUGGAGCUGGACGCUGGGGGCCUGCCCCAGGAGAUGGGCCCAGAUGCAGGACUGAAGGACUCGGAGCAGCCCCAAGAAGCUACCUCAGCCCUGGGGAUGGAGGCUUCUGCUAUACCCCUGUAUAGACCCCACCCUGCCUCCUCUGCCCUGCAGCAGAGAAGCGGCAAUACGUUCACCAUAGUGCCCAAAAGGAAGCCACCCAACUCUGGGGUGGAGGUCGACAGUGGAGCCAGCAGAGCCCAGCAAUCAGAAGAGGAAGACAAUGAGGAAAGCAGAAGCAAGGGCAAAAUCUUGGGGAACCCUGGUGCGCCCCAACUGGAUCUUGGGCUACUGGUUAAAAAGCGCUACCCCACCGUGAAUGAGAUUGAGGUGAUCGGCGGCUACCUGUCCCUGGAGAGGUCCUGCAUGAGCAAGAUGGGCUGUCACCGCAAAAAGAUGAAGAUCUCUUUCAAUGAGACAAGCCUGCAGACCACGUUUGAGUACCCUUCCGAGAGCUCGCUGGUGGAGGAGGAGGAGGAAGAGGAAGAGUCUGCCUCAGAAGUGGAGGAGGACGAGGAGGACAAGCCCUCAUCCCUUUUCAUUCCACGCCCGACCUGCACCAUGCACGCCAACGUGCCCAGCUCAGGUUUCUCCAGCUACACUCCCAAACACUCCGUGGAGUUCAGCAAGUGGCAGGAGCAGGAAUACGAGGAGCAGCCUGCCACUGCCGCCGGGCCCCUCCUGAAAGAGGCCAAUCCCCCAGGGAACCAGGUCAUGCUUACCCCGGCCGAUCAGAGUGGCCUCUCAGACUUCAGCAGUGAGCCUGCCCUGUACUUCUGA